AUGCCCUUGCAGACAACACGUCAGAUCGCCUUCGACAUCGCCCCGCUCAACAGACCGCUCGCGGCACGUCUCACUACACCGCCACCAGUCUUUGUCCCAUCCACUCCUACAGUCCCUCUCCAGUACCGUAUAUCUGCACCACCUAUCCCCUCCUUCGCACGCCGCAAUCCCAUCGAUCUCCUUGCCAUUGUAGGCUCUAAGGUCAGUGCUGUCAUCAAAAGACUACAGGCCAUCUUCGAUCGCAAGGACCAGUUACUCGACAUCCCCCACGACCAUCGGCUCGCCCUUCAACGCGUUGGCGACAGGCUUGAGUGGAUACUCGACAACAUUGAGAACGGCUCUUCGUGGACCCGCAGCCAAUAA